AUGUCGAUAAACACCCCACGCAAGAAAGCAAGACUCCCAGUCAAUGGAGACCGUCCGAACGGGAAAACACUUGCCAGCCAGGACCUACAGCGUCAGCGCGAGCAGCUUCCGAUAGCUAAGGGUAGAGAUGCCCUCGUCGACGAGAUCCGACGGAAUGAUGUGACGAUUCUACUCGGAGAGACAGGAUCUGGGAAGACCACUCAAAUACCGCAAUAUAUCAUCGAUUCUGGGAUUGCAGGCGGUGGUGUUGUUGCUGUCACACAACCCCGGAGAGUUGCAGCUACCUCCCUGGCUGCUCGCGUCGCUGCGGAGCAGGACGUUCAGCUCGGCGAUCUAGUCGGCUAUUCCGUUCGGUUCGAUGAGGUGGCGUCUCCCAGUACACGUAUCAAGUAUCUUUCGGAUGGUAUGCUCGUUCGCGAGCUCCUCUCGGACCCGAUUCUCUCGAGAUACAGCGUCAUCAUUGUUGACGAGGCGCACGAACGAACACUACGGACAGACUUCUUAGUUGCCAAUCUGAAGGCAAUAUUGGCAAAGCGAAACGGAGGUGGAGGAACUCACACAGUCACAAACGGUCAGAGUGAUGCCAAAGGAAAGGGGAAGAAGAGAGCUGUGGAGAACCCGCUCAAGGUGAUCAUCAUGAGUGCUACCCUCGACGCGGAGAAGUUUAGCAGGUUCUUCAACAAUGCUAAGGUGCUCUACGUGAAGGGUCGCCAGCAUCCCGUGCAGACGUUCCACACGUCAGUAAGCCAGAUAGACUACGUCGAUGCUGCUCUACGGACAUUCUUCCAGAUACAUAUCGACAAAGGUCCUGGGGACGUCCUCAUAUUUCUUCCAGGCCAGGAGGAUAUUGAGAGCCUUGAAAAGUCGAUACAGUCCUACACGCGCCGUUUACCUGAAAACUGUUUGAAUGUCCUCGUAUAUCCUAUGUUUGCUGCUCUCCCACCAGCACAGCAGGCAAAAAUAUUCUCUUCGACCCCCAGCGGGUCACGGAAAUGUAUUCUUGCCACGAAUAUCGCGGAGACCUCUAUCACGAUACCCGGCAUAAGGUAUGUCAUCGAUACAGGGAAAUGCAAGGAAAAGCGAUAUCUAUCUCGGGAUACUGGAGGGGGAUUUGACACUUUACUCACUCAAGACAUCACCAAAUCUUCCGCCAUGCAACGAGCGGGUCGUGCAGGUCGUGAGGGACCUGGAUUUUGUUUCAGAUUAUACACCGAAGAUGCCUUCAACGCAAUGGCUGCAUCCGCAGAGCCUGAGAUUCGAAGGUGUAGUCUUACACAGAGUGUACUAGAGCUCAAAUGCCUCGACUAUGACCUGGAGACCGUUGAGUUUAUGGAUAUGCCAGAAUCUGAAGCCAUAUUUUCAGCCUUGAAGACCCUCUUCCUCCUCGGGGCCCUGGACCGAACCAAGGCCCUCACGCACCUAGGACGCUCCAUGGCCGCACUUCCACUGGAGCCGUAUCUUGCGCGGAUCGUGCUCGCCUCCAAAGCACACGCAUGCACUGCACCUGUGCUUGACAUCGUCUCCAUCCUCUCAGCCAGCUCGAAACUUUUCGUCGACGUGAGUGAAGCGCGCGACGCAGCCGCCGAGGCCCGGCGCAAGUUCCGGCACCCAAGCGGAGACCACCUUACGCUUCGCAAUGCGCUCAAGGCGUACGAGGAUCUGUUGGAAGGCGGUAAAGACGACAUGGAUGUUGACGAUGCUCGUGAUGGGAUGGAGGUUGUGCAAAGCAGCAACCAUGGACAGGGGCAGGACGGGAAGAAGGGAAGCAAGGCGAGCAAGGCCGCCCGACGGGAGUGGUGUCGCGCCAAUUUUCUGAAUGAGAAGACGCUUAUGGAGGCGAUGAAGAUUCGAACGCAGCUGCGAGGGAACUGCGAGCGGCUCGGGCUCGACUGGCGCACGGAGCCUGCGGGCGCAUCGGGCGAGGAAGCCGUGCUCAGGUGUUUUGUUGCUGGGCUGCAACAGCAAGCGGCGUUUUUGCAGCCGGACGGGACGUAUAAGCAGGUUGUUGGGCAGUCGAUUGUCAAGAUACAUCCGGGCUCGACGCUUGGUGACCGGAAGGCGCCGGCCAUAAUUUAUGAUGAACUAAUCUAUACGAGCCAAAUCUAUGCUCGUGGUGUCUCGUCUGUUCCCAGAAGCUUUUUCUCCGGUAUGACAUCCUCGACGUACGGCACAACAUAG